ACGAACAGUAAACGAAAGAGGUCGAAGCAGAGAUGUUCGAAGUUUGACAGGUGUCAAAAUUGUGAUAAUUUUUAGAGAUUUGUGGUUAAAAAUAAAAGUUUUAUUUAAUUUUGGAAUAAGUUAGAAUCAUGUCUUCUAUAACGAUAUCGGUAGUUCGUCCGCGAACUAGUAUUCUCGAUAAAUCGCUCAGUAAAGGCAAAGGAGAGGUUAGCUUGAGUUGUUUUGCUCUCCUUUUUUCAGAACUUGUGCAAUAUUGUCAAAAUCGAGUUUACACCGUACCUGAACUCCAAAACAAAUUAUCUGAAUUGGGAAUGGAAGUGGGCCAUCGAGUAACGGAUCUUCUGAUUGUUCGCGAAAAGGGUGGUAAACGAGAAAUAAAAUUACUGAGCGCGCUUCUUUUUGUCAAAAGCACACUUUGGAAAUCCCUAUUUGGCAAAGAAGCCGACAAAUUAGAACACGCUAAUGAUGAUGAACGCACUUAUUAUAUUAUCGAAAAGGAAUCCUUGGUCAAUAAAUUUGUCUCCGUUCCAAAGGACAAAGGCAGUUUAAAUUGUGCGUCUUUUGUCGCUGGAAUUAUUGAGGCUGUACUUUGCGACUCUGGAUUUCAACAACUUGAAAAUGAUCCGGAUUUUCAUCGAAAAAUCAUCUUCAGCGAUGAGGCUCAUUUCUGGCUAAAUGGCGUCGUCAAUAAGCAAAAUAUGCAUUAUUGGUCAGGCAGCAAUCCAUACGAACUCCAUGAGUCAACAUUACAUCCCGAAAAAAUUACGGUUCGGUGCGGUUUAUGGGCCGGCGGCGUCAUUGGGUCGUACUUCUUCCAUGAUGAUCAAGACCGGACGGCGCCACAAGCCACACAGCGAAUGUCACAAUCGAUUUAUUUAAAACCAAGUUUGGUGAGCGUGUUAUCUCACGAAAUGGCCCAGUCAAUUGGCCGCCUCGGUCGUGCGAUUUGA